UUGCAAAUAGAUCCCAGUGGUGUAGACACCUCAAGAGCUGAAUUCAACAGGUUGGGUUCCCCUGCGAUUGGAAGAGAGCGAGAGAAGAUGAUCGGAGUAGGGAAGAUCAAGCAGUAUUCUAACGUACUCGAUAAGCCCCUCAGCAAGGGCAAACAAGAGGUGAGUUUGAGUGCAUUUGCCUUCUUGUUUUCGGAGCUUGUCCAGUACAAUCAAGCACAGGUUGAUAACAUUGCUGAAUUGGAAAGAAGACUGGAGGAUGCAGGCUAUGCUGUUGGGGCCCGAGUUCUAGAACUCCUUUGCCAUAGGGAUAAGGGAAACAGAAGGGAGACACGACUAUUGGGUAUUCUUUCUUUUGUACACAGUACAGUAUGGAAGGUGUUAUUUGGGAAGGUAGCUGACUCACUUGAGAAAGGUACUGAGCACGAAGAUGAAUACAUGAUCAGUGAGAAAGAGCUCCUGGUUAAUAGAUUUAUCUCAAUACCGAAAGACAUGGGAACAUUCAACUGUGGUGCAUUUGUUGCUGGCAUUGUAAGGGGUGUUUUGGAUAGUGCAGGUUUUCCAGCUGUAGUAACAGCUCACUUUGUACCUAUGGAGGGUCAACAACGACCUCGGACGACUAUUUUGAUAAAAUUUGCUGAAGAGGUACUGAGAAGAGAAGCAAGAUUGGGUUGAUGCUUGUGCCAAGAUCAUCUUUAUGUAAUAUUCAUCAGUGUUCCACAACAGUAUAGGAUGGGGAAGGAUGAAACUUUUAGCAGGUUUUUCAAAACCAGUUGGGAUUUGCAGCUGAGCUCUAUCAUUAAUAUUGGGCUGUGUGAACCUUAGUUGCCAAGGAGAUUUGAUGUAAAUUGAGUGUCAUCAUCAUUUGUCAUCAUCUUUAUAUGAACUCUAAAUGAUUGUUUUAAGUAACAAACAAAUUUCAUACUUUCCAACAUUUGUUGUAGAUCUGCAAAACUGAUUUAAAUGGGGUUGCCUUUAUGUUUUUGGAUUUAA